UCUUCGUACAAUCCCAGCAGUAGUGUAGAUUUGACGAAAAUCAUACAACGCAGCAACAUCGCAAUGGCAAUCGAAGGCGUUCCCAAAGAAAUGACCGCGGUCCAAGUGGUCGAGUUCCACAAACCCUACAAGAUCCACAAAGUUCCCACGCCAACCUCGCUCAAGGAGCACGAGAUCCUGCUCAAAACGGUCGUCGCAUCGCUCUGCCACACCGACAACAUGGUCGUCGAGGGCAAAUUCCCCACCAAACUCCCUUGCACUGCGUCCCACGAAGGCACCGGCAUCGUCGUCGCCGUUGGGUCAAACGUGUCCAACUUCAAACCCGGCGACAGAGUCAUGUCCGGUCUACCCCGUAACCCAUGCGGGACGUGCUACAACUGCCAGGGCCCCAACGAUUGGCACCAGUACUGCGAGAACAUCGAAGGACACAUCGGCGUGUUCGUGGACGGAGCUUUUGCCGAGUAUCAUGUCGUGGACAGCAGGAGUAGCUGCCACAUCCCAGACAAGGUCAGUUUCACGAGUGCCGCACCGCUGGCGUGUGCCGGGUGUACGAUCUACCGCUCCAUCAUCGUCAGCGAGGCCAAGGAAGGUGAGUGGCUAGCCAUUGUUGGCGCGGGAGGAGGUCUGGGACAUCUGGGUAUUCAGUUCGCAAAGGCGAAAGGGAUCAAUGUGGUCGCGAUCGAUGCAAGGGAUGAAGCACUCGAAUUGUGCAAGAAGGCCGGCGCGAUGCACGUCUUCGACGCGAGACAAGGCAAGGAGAAGCUCGUCAAGGGCGUGCAAGCCUUGACCGAUGGGUUGGGCGUCCAUGCCGCAAUCAACGUGUCCGAGCACGAGACCGCAGCCACGACGGCGUGCGCGGUGACCAGGAUGCACGGCACCAUGGUGCAGGUUGCCCAGCCUGAUAAAGUGUGCAUCGAUUUCCCGGAGCUCAUCUUCAGGGAUAUCCGGGUCAAGGGCACGUUGAUCGCGGGCCAGGAGUAUUCUCAGCAGAUGUUGGAAGAUGUGGCAAAGUACAAUAUCAAGGUAGAGACCAAUCUGUUCUACGGGCUGGACCAAGUGCCCAAGAUGGUCGAGCUGGCUCACUCGGGCAAGAUGAAAGGAAAGGCGGUUUGUGUGGUGGAUAAAGCCGAGCUAGACAAGGACAAGGCCAGCGUCUAAGUUCGUGGCCUCGCGGUGACUGCUGCAUAGGUUGCAUAAAGUGCG